AUUAUUAAUUUUUCUCUCCCCGUUCCCCGGGGAAGGAGCUGCCUGCCGGCCCCACUCGGGCUCCCCGCUGCAGUCGUGGCAGUGCCGUGGAGGCUGGGACCCCCCUACAAGCCAAGGUGAGCGCUGGCACUGAUCCGACACGGCAUCACCCCUUUCCUCCCGGAAAGGUGCGUCGGGCCGGUAACCAAAGAGCGGGCACACACUCCAAAAAAACCAAAGGCCACCCUGCAUCUAGAAGCGUACAAAAUAUCCUGAUAGUGGGACUCGCAUUUGGGAUCUGUUAGUUCUCUCGCUCAUGCCACUGCCCCCUGGUUGCCUCAAUGGCAGGAUCAUGAAGUGUUUGACUUUUUUUCUUCUGCUUCCAGAGACCUUAAAGAAGUCCAAAAAGAGUGUGAGGUCAAACGGCAAGGUGCCAGGAUGCUAUGAAAUAGUGCCCCUGUCCCUGAAGAAGAAGAUGGCUGCAGAACUUUACCCUGCCAGCACCAACACUAACAUUGCAAACAGCAACGCCGCCGCCGCCGCCACCGCUGCCAACAGCAAGAAGAACGCCUUGCAGCUCCAGCAGAGCGCCCAGCCGCCCCCGCCGCCCCAGCUCCAAAACCUCAACAACAACAACUUGGAGAGCGCCAACUGGCAAUCCUUCCAUCCCACGCUGCGGGAGAGGAACGCGCUGAUGUUCAAUAACGAACUCAUGGCUGACGUUCACUUCAUCGUGGGCCCGCCAGGGGCAUCCAAGAAAGUUCCUGCCCAUAAGUAUGUUUUGGCAGUUGGUAGCUCUGUCUUCUAUGCUAUGUUUUAUGGCGAUCUCGCAGAGGUCAAAUCUGAAAUCCAUAUACCAGAUGUGGAACCUGCAGCCUUUCUAAUCCUAUUAAAAUACAUGUAUAGUGAUGAAAUAGACCUGGAAGCUGACACAGUUCUGGCUACACUCUAUGCUGCCAAGAAGUACAUCGUGCCGGCCCUAGCAAAGGCUUGCGUCAAUUUUUUGGAGACCAGCUUAGAAGCAAAGAACGCUUGUGUCCUGCUGUCUCAGAGCAGGCUCUUCGAGGAGCCAGAGCUGACGCAGCGCUGCUGGGAAGUGAUUGAUGCUCAGGCAGAAAUGGCACUGAAGUCAGAGGGCUUCUGUGAGAUAGAUCAACAAACACUAGAGAUCAUUGUAACCCGGGAAGCACUCAACACCAAGGAAGUGGUAGUUUUCGAGGCCGUUCUCAACUGGGCAGAGGCUGAAUGCAAAAGGCAAGGGCUGCCGGUUACGCCACGCAACAAGAGGAAUGUAUUAGGGAAAGCUUUGUACUUGGUGCGGAUUCCAACCAUGACUUUGGAAGAGUUUGCCAACGGAGCUGCCCAGUCUGACAUCCUCACCCUUGAGGAGACUCACAACAUAUUCCUAUGGUACACAGCCGCAAACAAACCCAAAUUAGAGUUCCCCCUGACGAAAAGAAAAGGACUCGUGCCUCAGCGCUGCCAUCGGUUUCAGUCGUCUGCGUAUCGCAGCAAUCAGUGGAGGUACCGGGGGCGAUGUGACAGUAUUCAGUUUGCUGUAGACAAACGGAUAUUUAUAGCAGGACUGGGAUUGUAUGGGUCAAGCUGUGGCAAAGCUGAAUACAGUGUCAAAAUCGAACUGAAGCGCUUAGGUGUUGUCCUUGCUCAAAAUCUGACAAAGUUUACCUCCGACGGCUCCAGUAACACCUUCUCUGUGUGGUUUGAACACCCUGUGCAGGUUGAGCAAGACACCUUUUACAAUGUAAGUGCUAUUCUUGAUGGUAACGAACUCAGUUACUUUGGACAAGAGGGAAUGACUGAAGUGCAGUGCGGGAAAGUGACGUUCCAGUUCCAGUGCUCCUCGGACAGUACUAAUGGAACCGGAGUACAAGGAGGACAGAUACCUGAGCUCAUUUUCUAUGCAUGAUGCAUUUCACCUUGAUUGUAUUCCAGUGCUGCAAUGAUGCACAUUAAGGGAUUUUUUCGGUUUUACUACAAACUCUGCAGCAGUAUGGAAUGUUACGCUACUUACCUAUCUGCUACAUCAGGCUAUACAAAUAAGUGAAGGAAUGCUCUUGAAUUUAAUCUUAUUUUAUUUAUUCAUAAGCUAUUUGACUUAAUUAUUAAGACUGCAACAUGCAGAAAAAUGUUAAAUUUUGCACGUACUGUGCAUUUAUUUUGUAUAUAGAUAACUAACUUGCAGACUGCAGCUGACUCAAACAGAAUGUUCUAAACUAGAGCAGUUUAUGAAUCUGUGAAAUAUAAAACAUUUUUACUUGCCCUAAA